AUGGGACAGCUGUUUCCUAUCGUUCCUAUCCAUAAGCUCGACCAAAAGCCCGGGGCUCGUGGGGUCUUGUCUGAUUUAACGUGUGACAGUGAUGGGAAGAUCGUUAAGUUCAUAGGCGGCGAGUCUAGCUUGCCGUUGCACGAGAUAGACAGUUAUGGAGGUGGAGGAAGGUACUUAUUGGGUCUAUUCCUUGGAGGGUCUUAUGAGGAGACUAUGGGUGGAGUCCAUAAUCUAUUUGGCGGGCCAAGCGUUGUCCGUGUCUCGCAGAGCGAUGGACCACAUAGCUUUGUAGUGACCAGAGCCGUGUCUGCCCAGUCCUCUUCUGAUGUUCUCUUAGCAGUGCAGCAUGAGCCCGAGAUAAUGCUUCAGACACUAAAGCACCGAGCAGAGGAAGUGAUGCAUACCAAAGGAAGUGGUGAAGAAGAUGAGAAUGAGUACAAGAACGUGGCUGCUUGUCUCGACCGUUCGUUCCACAACAUGCCGUAUCUCGCGACCGAGGAGGGCAUCAGUGAGUAA